GGCAAGCAAUAUCGACAACGGGUAAUCGCAGAUAGCUUGUGCAAACGAGCGCUGUGUGGGGUAGCGAGCAAUACAGCAACGAGAAAUCGUAUGCGUGCGAGCGAGCACGCAAUAUGAAACUUGUGUAUGGUAAAUAGAUGGAAAGUAUGGAGGAGACGAAGCGAUACAACGACGGCGUUGGCCAAACGAGUGACGAUAGUUGAAGUAGAAGGUUGUAAAAUGACAUUUCAACCGUUUCGGUGAUCAAAGAAAAUUGAUUAACGCGCCAAAAGCAGCAAAAAAAAUAUAAUUGAAGUGCAAAGAAAUGUCAGUACCAAGUGCAACACUGCACCCAAGUGUCAAAUUUGUAGCUAAAACAAAAAACAAAACAAAACAUUACACCAAAUAGUACAAAUUUAUUGAGAAGGCCAACAAAAAAAUUAUUUUAUAAAUACAUAUUUAAAAGUGUAGAGAAAUACCAGAGUUGCGUUUAAAAAGUCUCUAUACAGAAGCGAAUAUAUAUUGUAUGAAAAAGAGAAAUCCAAAUACAUCUACAGCGUACGAACGAAUUUUAUAUACGACAACAAGCAUAUAAGCGUUCGGAAUUCAGUGGAAGUGGCAUGUGAAAUAUAGAAAAACAGGUACAAGGCAAAACGUAGAGGCAAACGAUAGCAACAACAAAAGCGAAUUGUAAUAACACACAGGGUUGUAUGUGUGCAUAUACUUAUAAUAAAAUAACGCAGCCCAACACAGUUCACCACACUACACACCACAGGUAGUAGUGGUAGACAGAGAGAGUAAAGUCUAUAUACAAUAUUUGUGUUAUAUGUGUGCGUCAUCUCGCUUUGGCCUUGUUUGACAGUUCGUAAUUUGACUUGGGCACAGUCGUCUCUGUGUAAUAUUGCUAGCUAGCUGUAUCGAAUUAAGUGAAGAAAUUUAAAUUUAAACGGAGCUGUUUAAUGAGAAGAAAUAUAAUGAUUUUAAAUCGAUAAAAAACAAUUUAAAAACUACAAACAAGGUGUGGUGCAAAAUAAACGCCGAUUUAAGUAAAAUUGUAAAUGCUAUCGUCUCUACAGCACAUAGAAUCGCGCUAUCGGUAGUAAAUAUAUAAAUAAAAAGUUUCGGGUAGAGUGUAAAGCAAUCGUUCAUUUGACUAACGCGAAUAGUAACGAAAGAAAUAUUCUUUCCUACGACUUGGUUGUCAAAAUCAAUACAAACGGAAUUAAAAUUUUACAAUUGAACAAAAUUUCUCUAGACGUGUAAAAAAAAUUAAUUUCAUAUAAAGACAAGAUGCAAACAACAACAACAACGAAAGCAAAGGAGUGACAACUGAAAAGGAGAAGUGUCAAAAGUAAAACAAAAAAAAAACUUAAAGUAAAUAACAGAAGGGAAAGAAGCAAAACUGAAAAAAGACAGAAAGUUGUAAAUAUAGUGCUGUAAAUAAAUAUUUUGCGGUGGUGAAGAAGAAGCAGACAUUGCGAUAAAAUUGUACAAGCAAAAACUGUAAAGUAAAUUAAAAAAGCAAAUUUGUAUACUCACACAAAUACAGUUCUCUAUGCGACGCAGCAGUUGUGUAGCAUUGUCCAUCUCUUUUUCACAUAUUGCGAACAUUGGAUGAUGUGCCUGCACUCCAGCUGUCAUGUAUUAAAUACAGCAAUAAAUUACAUACGAACGGAAACCCUGACGGCAGUGGCUGCAACAAAUAUCGAGUGAGUGCAAAUGUCAAGCUGCUUACAAUAUCAACCUAAAUAGCAACAAUAACAACAUAAACAGUCGAUACAACGGCAACAACUCAUAUGCAAACAGCAGCAACAACACUUUACAACAAAAAUUUAUAGUUGCAGCUACCAAGAAGACAAUAAAGAAAAUUUAACAAAUGACAAAAUGUUGCAACAAGAACAACGCCAAAUAAAUCGUGGCAAAAAUAUGCAUCAUCUAACAUUCCCCACAAAUUACAAGCAAACAAUGAACAAUUUAAUUAAAGCUAAGAACAACAAUACUGCUACAACAUUAACGCCAGUACGUACAACUAUACUUGACUCCAGUAAUCCUCAUCAGGAGCAACUGACACAAACGGCUAAUACAAAUAUAAAUUACACAAAUAAUACAAUGGAUGCAACAGCAGCAAAACCACCCACCACCCAGAAUGUUGGCAAUUACGGUGGCAGCAACACAACACCUUCUACAAUGGGUGUCAAUUUACGCGUAACUGGCCAAUGCAGCCAAGGUGGACGUAAAUAUAUGGAAGAUUACUUCUCGGUCGCCUAUCAACAGUCGGAGAAUGCCAAGGAUCUUGAAUAUGCAUUUAUUGGCAUUUACGAUGGGCAUGGUGGCGCCGAGGCAGCUACAUUUGCCAAAGAGCAUCUAAUGAUGCAGAUUAUCAGUCAGAAAGCAUUCUGGUCGGAAUCAGAUCAUGAUGUCUUACGUGCAAUACGCGAAGGAUAUAUCGCCACACACUAUGCAAUGUGGCGGGAUCAAGAGAAUUGGCCCAAAACAGCAAAUGGCUUGCUGAGCACAGCAGGCACCACCGCCACCAUAGCCUUUAUCAGACGUGAAAAGAUAUAUAUUGGUCAUGUUGGUGAUUCGGGUAUUGUGCUCGGCUAUCAGAAUGAGGGUGAAAAAUAUUGGCGUGCACGACAGUUGACGGUUGAUCAUAAGCCUGAAUCGACGGAGGAGCGCGCACGUAUACAACGCUCUGGCGGCAAAGUGGUGGUCAAAUCGGGUGUACCGCGUGUCGUUUGGAAUCGUCCACGUAAUGCUGGUCAUAGAGGUCCAAUACGCUGCAAUACACCCGUCGAUGAGGUGCCAUUUUUGGCUGUAGCGCGUAGUUUAGGUGAUUUGUGGAGUUAUAAUUCCAAACGUAAUGUGUUUGUAGUUAGUCCAGAUCCAGAUGUACAAGUGAUCAAAAUAAAUCCAAAGACUUUUAGAUGCUUAAUUUUCGGUACGGAUGGUCUGUGGAAUGUUGUAACACCACAAGAGGCUGUGGACACCGUCUACGAAAGAGAGUGCAUUAAUGAGCGCCUACAAGCAUAUGCAAAUGCCGACAGUGGCAAUAAUGAAUGGACAAAUCCCAGUAAGGGGUUAGUGGAGCGCGCUUUAAAGACGUGGUCGUCGAAAAAGAUGCGCGCUGAUAACACUUCUGUAGUAACUGUCAUACUGUAUCCAUCUGCCAAUGACACUGCAAAUACCAACAGUGUGCCACCCAAUACGCUCUCGUACAAUAGCUUGCCGAAAGAUAGUUGUGGGCUGGAAUAUACAGAAAUGUGUGCUGAAGUACCCACACCGGAGAGUUAUGGCAUUUCUUUCGAAGAAAUUGCCGAGAAACAUGCAAUGCCUGAAGCGUUCCGCAAUUUCGAUUAUCUGCUAGACGAAGAAGCUAUAAAUGCAACACUGCAAAUGCAGCAUGAGGAGAAUUGUGAGCGUAAAUAUUGCAGUGAAGAUCUCUCCUAUUGGAAUAACUGGAGUUGGGAGGAGCGUCAAUCGGAUUGUGCUGGCGAUUAUAAUCAUCAACAAGUGGGUAGUUUGGCUACACAUAGUGAUGUUAGCAUUUGUGGCAAGGCCAUAGCCAGCCACAACAUAAUGUGCAAUACUAACGGUGCGAUAACAGGUGACAGCGAUGAGAACGCGGUGGAUGGUGUACAUGCGCUUGCAGUUAGUGAUAAUGCUGAAAGUGAAUCGGCUGUUUUGAAUUAUACACAUUACAGUGCGGACGCCUCAAAUGCAUCGAGUGAUGUCAGCAAUGAGUUGGGCAAUGCUGCUGGCUUCAUGACAUUCGCCGAAUCGUACAAUUCUUUUUUGAAUGAACACAUGUCACAUGAUAGCACCAACAGCUCGAAUUCCAAUUCGAAUUGUCAAAUUAUUAGCGGUACAAAUGAGAUAUUACAAGAACAACAGUUGUACCAACAGCAAUGCAUGUCCGAGGAAGAAGGCUAUUCGCUAACUAAAUUGGAGACACGACGCGAACAACAACGCUGCACCACUGGUGUACAAACGUUUAAAAUUUUCCAAACACUCGACACAAGUGGCACAAGCUAUGUGCCACAACGUGUGGCACAACAUGAGAGUAAUCUGCAGCAAGUGGUUGCGCCAACGGCACGGCGAAAUGCAAACUUGCAACUACAAACAACUGCCACAUCGCAACUCACAGUUGAGGAAACGCGCGAACUGGAGGCUGCACUCACCUGGGAACCGGAAUGUGCGCCACUGGCUACGACAAUCAACCAGUUGCUCGCUUAUCCAGCUGAACAUGAAAAGCCUUUGGAGCUGAAUUCGCUGCUACAGCAAGAACGCGAAGAAGAACAGCAAGUUGCCUAUGAACGACUCGAAAUGCAGCGACGCUUGGCGGAGACAGAUGUGAAUAAGGUAGCGGUGGGACACGCGGAGCGUACGGUAAAAGACAGUAAAGCAGAAGUGGAAGUGGAAGCGGAGCGCGCCACAUUACCUGCUGAUGAAGAACUUGAAGACGUGUUGGUCGAGGAGUAUAUUGAGGAAGAUGCCGACAAUGUGGAACAACUACUAAAGGAAGAAUCAAAUGCAGUACCCAAUAAAGAUGCUAGCGUACAAAUCAACGAAAUCUCGUCCAGCAUGCCGUCAUGUGAUAGCAGUAGCAGUGAUAAUGAAGUUUUGGUGUCCAUUACCGCUAUGCCAACAACUACAAGCCACAAGACAACACAAGUUAUUGAGAAAAUCGAAAAGAUUGAAAUACUGCCACAUAAAUUGCCAACAAAAUUGGAGCGUUUGUCCAACCAAACGCUGCUCACGCAGAAAACACCACGCCACACACAGUACAAGAAGGCUACAGCUGCCACAACGGCGGCAAACGCAACUUCAAACAACAAAAGUGAAAAGGUCAAAGUUACCACGUACGAAUUCACCUCACGUCCACCCAAAGCUUGUCCGGCGCGCACCUCGCUUAAGCGCGCACAAACGCAAUUCCCCAAUAUACCAAAUGAGAACGCGCGCGCCGCAAGUGAGGCGACAUCAGCGCAUGAGCUCAGCAAGCGGCGGCGCUAUGACGCCUACAAUGACUUUGUGUUGGGUGCGGUUAGCAGCACGAGCAAUAAAACCGAUAUUGAUGCAGAUAACACAAACAGCAACAACAACUGUCGCAAUCGUCGCUGCAACAGUAACGCGUCGCUGGCGCAUGCCGGCAGCACCAACUGUGGCACUAUCGCCUUGGAAAAACGUCAAUUGCGCAGCAACAGUGGCAUUGUGGACUACUCCAAGCGCACCUUGCGCACACGCAACUCGCUCACCAAAGAUUUGAAAGCAAAAGCAUCGCUAACCUCAACAAUGCGGCGUGUGACCACACAAUUCCUGCAUGAGACCGCUGUCAGUCUGAUGAGCAGCAAUUCAGCGUUAGCCCAGCAGCGACAACAGCAACGCAGCGCUAAUGGGGGCGCCAACAGUAGCUUGUCGUUGAACAGAAGCGGCAGCGGCACGAACAGCAGCAAUUGCAGCAGCGGCAGUAGCGUUGGACGCAGAUCGCGUGCGGAGAAACUAUUAACGACGAGCACGGACAAUUUGGAGGCUGCCUUCUCACAUGUCAUCAAUUUGCGUUCACGUAAAGUCGCACAUUUUGCGGUAGCCGCAGCAGCAGCCGCGGCAGCAGUCAAUCACACACAAACGACGCGCCGUCCGAAGGGUGUUGUCGGCAGCAGCGGUACACUGCUAACCACAACGGCGUCCACAGUGCUGCGACGCGAACGCCAUAAUUUGCGCAGCUUGAGUACGCGCAACGUCGCUAGUCCGUCCGGUCUUAUGUCUGCCAAUGGGCAACGUGACUAUGCCUAUGGCAAGUCCACGACGCGCUCCGGUUUGCAUGCGACCGGACUGUGCGCGUACACAUUGCCGUCCAGUGCAGCGCCGACGCCGAAAUUGCUUAAUGGCGCAGCGGGAGUGAAUGCGGCGGCGUCGCGGUCGCGCGCACAUGCGCUGCUCAUGGCCAAGCAGUCGGCGGGCGUUGGCGCUGGGUCGGCAAGCAGUUUGUGUGCGAGUGGUGUACGUGGUGGCGGCGGCGGCACAACAACGUCGCUGACGCCCACCUCGUAUGGCAAGCGCACGACGGCGUUGCGUAGUGGCGCAGUGGGCGGCGGCAGCAGCGCGAGCACAAUUAUGUUGACGCGUAGUGGCGGACGCAAUGGUAGAAGACUGAAUCGUUAAAUGAAAGCUACUGCAUUUCGAUAUGUUAUUGUGAAGUUAUUUAGUACAAAAAUGCCUGAAAGCAUGCUAGACACCAAACGUUUUGAAUCCAAAAAGCAAAAAACUCAAAAAACAAAAACAGAAAACGUAAACAAUUGGUGCGCUCUAUUUGCAUUGUUAUUGUUUGUGGUUUAAGCCAGCCAUUUUUUGGCACAAAACUGUGAGAAUUGGCGUAACAAAAAAUAUUUUUUUCUGUAAAUUAUAACGUUUAGUUGGUUUAUACUCUAAUUUUUCGCUACAGAAAUUCUGCAAAAAGCAAAAAUCUAAAGAAAAUGCAAUUUUUAUUACUAAAAACAAUAUGUUUAUUUAAUAGGUCACUGCAUUAUUGACCUAAAAUUUUUUAUGGUUCGAAAUAAAGGAAAUGGAAAAUUAGUAAAUGCACGCGCAUUAAUUGUAAAUUUAAAAAAUUCAAAAUAUUGAAAAAAAUUGCAAUUUAAAAAAUUAAAAAAAAAAUAAAAAAGUAAAAAAAAAUUCGGAAAAAAAUUGCAAAGUCUGUGAAACGGUGCAACAAUAGUCUUCUGUGUGCAGUUAAAAGAGAAUAACAACAACAAGUGUACUAAAAAAAUAUGAUUAACUGUUCCUUACACCGUCUUGAUUUCCAAUGUAAAUCAAAAGUAUUUGUAUUAGGCGCUAAGCUUUAAUUGAAAGAUAAAACAUGAAUAUUUGUUUUUGUAAAAGAUGCUACUAGUGGUAAGCGUUAAUUGUAGGCAUUUUUAUUAUAAUUAUAAUUAAAUUUAGUUUUUUUUUAUAUAUGCGCAUUAAA